AAAACUCUGCUCUCAGCAUCAGCGCAGAGGCAGCACCUGCCAUCGGACGAUAAAACCGCAGCAUUUCAGCUGAAAAAAGUUACCGAGGACUGGUUUUAACCGCCAAAACGGACUGUUACACGGUUACCGGAGGUGGAGAAACACCGGUGUGGACCCACAGCACCAAGGAAGAGAGAAGAGAACAGAGAGAACACGUUAAACGCACACACGCAGAUAUGGUGGACACACAGACGUUUUCCUGGCCCAUGGGAUUUGGUCUAAGCACUCUGGACCUGGAGGGACUUGACGACAGCUCACACUCUCUGGACAUGAAGCCUUUUUCCACGCUCAACGACUAUACACCCAUCUCUGGCAUCGAGUACGCUCCCAGCCCAGGCCAGGGCGAGACAACUCACAUGAUGGAUCUGACGCACAUGUACAACUACAGAGCCCAAGAAAACAACUAUAGAGCCCAUGAGAACAACUACAGACUGCAAGAGAACAGCUAUAGACCACAAGAGAUCAGCUAUAGAGUACAAGAGAACAGCUAUAGCACACAAGAGAACAGCUAUAGAGCACAAGAGACAAGCUAUAGAGCACAAGAAAACAGCUAUAGAGCACAAGAAAGCAGCUAUAGAGCACAAGAGAGUGGGUAUAGACCACAAGAAAGCAGCUACAGAGCACAAGAUAUCAGCUAUAGACCACAGGAGAGCAGCUACAGAACUCAGGAAGACAACUACAAAGUACAUGAAACCCAAAGUUUGAUUAAGCUUGAGCCCGAGUCUCCACCACUGUAUGCAGAAAACAGCAUGACAUUCACGAAACAGCCCGAAGAUCCUUCCACCUCGGUUUUAAACAUCGAGUGUCGUGUGUGUGGGGACAAAGCUUCAGGAUUCCACUAUGGUGUUCAUGCCUGUGAGGGAUGCAAGGGGUUCUUUCGCCGCACAAUUCGCCUAAAGCUAGUCUACGAUCAUUGUGACCUGCACUGCCGCAUCCAUAAGAAAAGUCGCAACAAGUGCCAGUACUGUCGCUUUCAGAAGUGCCUGAUGGUGGGAAUGUCACACAAUGCCAUUCGCUUUGGCCGCAUGCCCCAGGCAGAGAAGGAGAAGCUCUUGGCUGAGGUUUCCUCCGAUCUGGAGCACAUGCACCCGGAGGCGGCUGACUUAAGGUCCCUGGCCAAGCAUCUUUACGAGAGCUAUCUGAAGAACUUCCCCCUGACCAAAGCCAAGGCCAGGGCCAUCCUCUCAGGGAAAACCAGUGACAACGCUCCGUUCGUUAUCCAUGAUAUGAAGUCUCUGCUAGAGGGUGAGCAGUUCAUAAACUGUCGUCAGAUCCCUCGGCAGGACCAUCACAGACGUCUGAGCGUGAGCUCGGUUCAGUCAGAUCUGCAGCGCGAGGUGGAGCUUCGAUUCUUCCACAGCUGCCAGUCGCGCUCGGCCGAGGCAGUCAGCGAGGUCACAGAGUUUGCCAAGAGCAUCCCGGGCUUCCUGAACCUCGACCUCAAUGACCAGGUGACACUGCUCAAGUAUGCCGUCAUUGAGGUUCUCAUUAUCAUGAUGGCACCGCUCAUGAACAAGGAUGGCACGCUUAUCUCCUACGGCCAGAUCUUUAUGACCCGCGAAUUCCUCAAGAGCCUGCGCAAGCCAUUCGGCGAGAUGAUGGAGCCCAAGUUUGAGUUCUCGGUCAAGUUUAACAUGCUGGAGCUCGAUGACACCGACAUGGCGCUUUUCUUGGCUGUCAUUAUUCUAAGUGGAGAUCGUCCAGGCCUGCUGAAUGUGAAACCCAUUGAAGAUCUACAGGAGAACGUUCUCCACUCAUUGGAGCUCCAUCUUAAAAUGAACCACCCGGACUCGCUCCAUCUUUUCGCCAAAGUCCUGCAGAAGAUGACUGACCUGAGGCAGAUUGUUUCUGACCAUGUUCACUUUAUUCAGUUGCUCAAAGAGUCCGAGGCCAACAUGUGUUUACAUCCACUGCUGCAGGAGAUCAUGAAGGACCUGUACUAGUGUAUUGAUUGGUUUAUGUUAGCUGAACACUUGGUGGUUUCUCAUGGUUUGUUUGACUGCUGAGGGUUUUUUUAUUAUUAUUAUUUUUUAUUUUUUUUUGCUUGAAACAGACAGAGGAAGAUGUGUUUAUCUGUUUAGCAGUAUGAGGAUGUUAGACAGAAAAGGUCACUUCUUCAACAAGUGAAAUGCUAGAAUGGGAAAGCAAAUAUAUUCUAGGUUUUAUUGGGUUUAUUGGGAUGCACACACAUAGUUGGAGAAAGCUGCCUUUGAACCUGGAUUGGAAAUCUUUUUUUUUUCCCAAGAGUGCACCUUCAUUUAUAUUGUUUGCUAUGGAGAGUUUUAAGAGUUAGUAAUAAAAAAUGUAAUAUGUAAUAAACCAGAAUGGUAUAAAAAUUUUAAAUUCUUUGCUGACAUGAACAGUGAAAAAAAGUAAUAUUAUCUGUGAAAGUUUUGUACAUUGUUCUCACUGGGAAAUUCUAUGUGAAAGCUUUAUAAUUUUUGAUUCUAUAAUGCCUUUUGUAAAUACAAUAAAGAGAUUUUUAAUGCCA